AUGGCAGAAGAACUCAAACCUGUGAAUGAGGAAGACUUGAAACUACUAAAAGAAAGAAUGAAAUUAAUUGUCAGUGCGGAUCCUGCCCAGUAUCACAAUGAUUAUUCCUUACGAAGAUACCUAAGAGCUUUUAAAACCGUGGAUAACUCCUUCCAGGCAAUUAUCAAGACAAAUAAAUGGAGAACGGAAUAUGGAGUAGCUGAUUUGCAUAAUGAUAAAGAGCUUAUUGAAAAAUAUAGUAAUAAGGCAAGGGUACUUAGACAUAGAGACAUUGUUGGCAGACCAAUUGUUUAUAUUCCAGCAAAAAAUCACAGCUCUAGUGAAAGGAAUAUUGAUGAGCUCACCAAAUUUAUUGUAUAUUGCCUGGAUGAUGCAAGUAAACGCUGUUUUGAAGAAGUAAUUGACAAUUUAUGUAUUGUCUUUGACUUAAAUGAUUUUACAUUGUCAUGCAUGGAUUAUCAAAUGCUCAAAAACCUAAUUUGGUUACUUAGUAGACACUAUCCAGAAAGACUUGGGGUUUGUCUAAUUAUCAAUGCACCAACAUUCUUCUCCGGUUGCUGGGCGAUUAUUAAGGGAUGGCUAGACGAAAAUACAGCUGGCAAAGUAACAUUUGUUAAUUCCGAAAUGGACCUCUGCCAGUAUCUUAUUCCAGACAUCUUACCAAAUGAUAUG